AUGCAGAAGAGGAGAAAACUAAUAGACCAAAAAAAUCCAAAAAUCAGAUAUUCAGUGGUAUCGUUUUUCCACUUAUUCUUUCAAGUCAGUGCAAUCAUUGUCUAUCUUCUCUGUGAGUUACUCAGCAGCAGCUUUAUUGCCUGUAUGAUGACAAUUAUCUUGUUGUUGUCAUGUGACUUUUGGGCAGCAAAGAAUAUCACAGGUAGACUAAUGGUUGGCCUAUGUUGGUGGAGUCACAUUGAUGAAGAUGGAAAGAACCAUUGGGUGUUUGAAUCUAGAAAGUCAUCCUCUCAAGAUAAUAAAACUGUGUCAGAAGCUGAAUCAAGAAUCUUUUGA